AUGUCUAAGGUCUCCAGCAGCAAAGCUACCCCACAAAUGGGAAAAAUUUCCGGUUCAUCCACUCCCUCAGCUAACGGAGUCAACGCUACUACUUCCAAGACAUCAAAGGAUUCCACACCAAUACAACAAACCAACCCAAUCCCAACCACUCAUCCAACUGAUUCUUAUAUUCCAAUGUACUUGAAAAACUUACUUCCAGAAUUAAAUGCUUACGAAGAAUUAUUGUAUGCCGAGAAGAAACUAGACAUAUACUUAUCUAAGAAAAAGAUAGACCUGUACCAAAAUUUAUCCCAGUGGAAUAAUCCUACCACCUCAAAUGGACAGUUCAGAGCAAACGCAGUGUCUCAGGCCAAGUAUUUGAGAAUCUUUGUUUCCAACAUAUCUGAAAAUCAACCUUGGAUGGAUCCAGAUUACAUGGACAAUGAAAGUACUCGAUUGAAUAUGGAUACACCAGAAGCACUUAACCCUCAAGGUUCAUGGACUAUGAGAAUAGAAGGAAGAUUAUUAAAUGAUCAAGGCGCAUUAGACGCCAGUAGACCGAAAUUCAGUAGUUUUAUUCAGGACAUAGCAGUUGAUUUUAAAAAGACAGAGAGACAACUAGAGGAAGAACAGGAACAACAAAGAAAACAAUUAGGCACAACCUCGAAUGGUACGACUACUGUACCUUUACAAAUGCCACAAGGACAACAACCUAAUACAAAUACUAACAGUGCUAUUAAUGAUGUCGUGGAAUGGCAUUUUGAUCCCAAAAAUCCAGUCGAUUUUGAUGGGUUAGAUAUUAAGAGACAAGGUUGCGAGAAUAUAGAAUGUACAAUUACGAUUCAACCCAAAGGAUCCACUGCUGAAAUAUUAAAGUAUUCUCCCCAAUUAACUUCCAUCAUAGGAUUAUCAAGAGGAUCUUUGCAUGAAGCUAUCUACUCUAUUUACAAAUAUGUCCUCAUCAAUGACCUAUUAAUGGAUGAUGAAUUCAAGACUAACAAUAGACUACAUAACAAUGGUAAUGAUAGCAAGGUAGAUUCCAAACAAAAUUCCAAUGGUGAAAAGACUAUUAUAAAAGUAGACGAAAUACUUGCAACACUAUUCCCAGUGGAGGAAAGACAAACCUCAAUUAAACUAGGAGAACUGGCCAAAUUAAUCACUACUCACAUAUCACCAAUUCCUCCUAUUAAGGUGGAUUAUACCAUUCGUGUAGAUAAGGCUUCUACUUACGGAGAGUGUGUGUUUGAUAUUGAAGUAAUGGACCCUAAUACUGGUUCAUCAAAUAAUACAGAACUCGAUGAAUCCAGAAAGGAAAUUGUCACUUUACUCUCAGACUUGGAUAGAACUCACAACGAACUAAAACCUGCCUUCCAUGAGUUUGACAGACAAUUGACUACUUUACAAUUGGAGUUGAAUUCUACAGCAAAUAAAUACCAAUUCUUCAAUGAAUUGAGUAAAGAUCCUGUUCCAUUUUUAAAGGAAUACUUCCAAUCGUCAUCCAAUGCAAUGAAGGUUCUAUCGGGCGAUGAAGGAUUCAACGAAGAUACAGUGAGAAGGGCACAAUUUUACAAGGAUAAUGAGUCAAUGUUGUUUGAAAACUUGGGAGUGCUGAUGGCCAACGGUAGAAUGUAA